CACGAAAGACAAUAAAAAUGGAGUUCCUAUGACAAUAUCCAUCACUCCUACGUGUCUACUGCAGCAUUUCGACUCAACACUGUACUGCUCUGACAUCGGCAGCACAAUUUUGAACACUGAAAUGAAAAGCAUGGCCUCCAUUAUUACAAAUAAAAGGCGCCUGAGUACGUGCGGGCAGCCCCUGCCCGCUCCCCAAAGCUAAAAGGAGGCCUCACUUUUGUCUCAAAUUUGGUCUCUUUCACAUUCUUGGGAGGGUCCGGUUCUGAUGCGUGAGCCGCACGUGGCCCGCAUCCGCGUCCGCCCUGACCGGGCGGCUUCACGGGCAAAAGCAAAGUGAGAAGUUGCAUCAGCAAAGCCCCAGCCUUGCCUGCUUUUUCUUCAACAUACACACACCGACACGUAUUCACCAAGUUUUGGAUUUCGGAGUAUAUAUCAUUAUCAUAUACCUACCCGACGAAUCAUAAUUGCACAAGAAUCAGAGAAUAUGAUGGAGGACGGAGAUAUAUCUGGGGCAAACGAAAACGAAGACGUUGAAUUGGGAGGAAGCAGUAAUAGCGAGCAGGAGAUUAGCAACAGCGACGGUAACAAUGGUAAAGCCCCGGAGAUAUGUCUGGCGACGGCGUCGUCGAUGUUUCCAGGGUUCAGAUUUUCGCCGACGGACCAGGAGCUGAUAUCGUAUUACCUGAAGAAGAAAUUGGAAGGGAUUGACAGCUGCGUGGAGCUCAUCUCGGAAGUUGAGAUUUGGAGGCACGAGCCUUGGGACUUGCCCGCCAAGUCUGUAGUGCAAUCAGAUAACGAGUGGUUCUUCUUUUCGCCCCGUGGAAGGAAGUAUCCAAAUGGAUCGCAGAGUAAGAGAGCUACUGAAUCUGGCUACUGGAAGGCCACAGGUAAAAACCGGAAUGUAAAGUCUGGUCCAAAUGUGAUUGGCACAAAAAGGACACUUGUCUUCCACACUGGUCGUGCACCUGAAGGUCAGAGGACGGAGUGGAUCAUGCAUGAGUAUUGCAGUGAUGAAAAACAACCUCAGUUCAUGCUCUCAAAUUGUUCUCAAGCACUUGCUAUGAAUACUAACCACAAUUGUACUGAGAAAUCUGAGGCGAAUACAUGGAUUUACUUUUGCAUCCCAAUAAGUGUGCAUUUUCAUGUGUUGUGAAGAAAAGCGUUGACACAAACAUUAUACAAGAAUCACUUUUAUCAUUAUUGACUCCAUGGUUGUCUGCCGACUUAGAAAGAAUAAGGAGUUCCACUUGAAUGACACCCCCAGAAUUUUGAAGGAUCAUUCUGCUGCUGAUAAUAUAAAUAAUAAAACCUAUUGUGAACUACAACAUGCUGGAAGUGUGACAGAAGUCACAGAACCAAGUACAGGGGGCAGCUGCUCAAACCCAUGCUCGAGCACUUUCAAUUUCCAAUCACUUAAGCAAAUCGACUAUGGGUUUGAUUAUGAUCAGACCUAUGAAAUCCUUUCAUCCCAUAACCUGAAGGACUAUGACAAUGAAGACGACUGCUUCACGGAUAUACUGAGAGAUGACAUAAUAAAGCUAGAUGAUUCUUCCUUAAGUACACCUCUUGAUUCCCUGUCAGUAAUUACCAACAAGAAUCUUGGACCAGAUAAGCAACAUGCUCAAGGUUUUGAGCCCCGUGUGCUUCCCCCCCAAGGCACUGCAAAUCGAAGAUUAAGACUAAGAAGGGAAAAAGUAUCAUUCCUUGAGGCAUCAUAUCAAGUUAAGAACAUGAAAACACAUGCUGAGGAGAUCUCCAUACCAGAUAAAGAGCAAUCACCAAGAUGUGGUGUGGUUAGACAAAGACUGAAAAAUUUGUUCAUCUAUGCUCUUAUUGUAGUUACCCUUAUCUUACUCUUUCUGUUGCUCUCCUCAUUGGAGGGAUCCCACCUUGUAAAAUGGUUUGGAGAUCAUCUCUGAAGAACACGAGACUUUUGUACUAGACAAUGUCAG